AGGGAGCAGGGAGGGGAUCGUGUAUCUUUAUAAUCUUUCUAACUCUCCUGUGCUAAUCUCAGAGGGGCCACCCUCAAUAUAUCUGGAUUAUCCGUGUCGUGCGGCUGCCUCCUUCUUGCUGCUCUUGCUCCCGUUGGGAUGUGUGCGUGUGAGGGCUCCUGCUGGUGUCCCCUGCACCCGCACCUGCCAUGCCAUGCCGCUCUCCCAAGGGACAUCUCUGAUGGAGACAACAGAACUCUCCAAGGGAGAGAAGGGUGUUCACCCCCUUUGGCUGGGUACCUGCUUUCCAGAGUGUUUGGGGAGGGGCACUGGACCGCUCCCCCUGCCCUCUGCCAGGCGGUGCCAGAGAAGGUUAAAGUGGAGUCACAAGCGCUGUCAACCCGGCUGCAGGACAGAGCCCCCAGCCCCGCCAGAGCCCCCGUCUAACCCGCUCACACUGAACCUGAAACGAGCUGGCACCCUGGGAGGACAGGGGACCCUCUGUGUAAGGGACGCGCCCUGUGAGUCUUUGUGUCCCUCCUCUGGCCGCAUGCACCCCAAUAUAGAUGAGAAAGAGCUACCUGGUGGAACUGGAGUUAAAACACCCCGUGCUUUCUUGGAAUGGAAGAGUGUCGUCUAACAGGCUCUCAUCCUUCUGACUCCAAUACUCCAUGACUCACCCCUCCCCAUAUCCGGGCCAGCCCUUUCCCCACCCAAGAGACAGAGUCAAAUGCAGGGUGGGGAAUGACCCAGGAGAGACCCGGAGACGCAGCACAGGGAAAGGGGCUGCGGAGGAGCAGAGGCGUUGGCUCACAGGGGUGAAUGCUUUCUCUCUGCGAGCCCCAGAGAUGUCGAAGACCCCAGCCCUGCGAGGAGCUUCACGUUUGGUAGGAUGCCAGGCCAGUGUAGCGGCUCCAGAGCCGUUUUGAUCCCCAAGAGAAAUACGAAUAGAGAUUACUCCAUAGGCGACAUUCCAAAACCUGCUGUCCCAUUGUCCCCCAAAGGCUGCUCUCACUUGUCACACCGUGUGUGGUGCUUGGUAUGGAAAAUGCAUUCACUGCGCCCAUAGGUGGUUAGACAGACACCCAGUCCCUCCCUGAAGUAGCUUCAUUAUGCAGGCUGGGCAGGUAGCUGCCCCCCAGCCUUUCUCUUACUCCCACUGGGCCAGCCAGACACCUGCGUAACACCCCCAAUGCAGAUCUGUGUACACGGCGGGCAGUGCGCAGCCACACACACUGGCCCUCAGGCUGUGAGCACCCCCAGGAUCCAACCCCGGGCCCCACUAACACGCCCCCCCCAACAUGUCACCCUGGAGCUAUGUUUCCUUUGGAUCCAGUUCAAGGGGAUGGAGAAGCAGUGAGAGUCAUCCUCGGCCCUUUCCCUCCACUUUCCCAGAAUGCCUCUUAUCUCUGUCUUACACGUAACCCCUGGCCCCUCUUCCUUCCUUGUGCUUGAAGGAUCCGUCCCUUCUGGAAAGCCCCCUGGCUCCUCUGCCUCCCUUUCCCCCUUUGGGAAAAUACCCACUUUCUGGUUCCCACCUUUUCCCUUUCCCGAGUGCGGGUCAUGCAGGUCCGCACUAAAGGAAUCCAACCUCAAAACAGGAAGCCCUGGGUUGGUGCCCACCGUGGGCCCAAGGCCGAGGCAGGCAAUGGGCGUGGGGCAAAGGCUUCCUGAAUUCCCCGCUCCCCCCGCCGCCUGUCCCAGGGCCCUGCCCAGAACUGAUGGCCUUCAUUAGCCCCUGGUACUUAUCUUGGAGCCGCAGUCAACGACAGGACGUCCCCGGCCCUUGCCUCUGCGUGCUCUGAGCCCGGCAGCACCAUGGGGAACUGUCUGCGGCACCAGGUGGCCGGUGAGGACUCUACGAAGGUCUCCCUUGGAGAAGAUAUUUGGGCUGAGUUCAAUGAGUCCUACGAAAUGAACUAUAACUAUAGCGAUGUGGAGGCCGCUGCCCCCUGCCGCUCCUGCCACCUGCUCGAUGACUCCUCGCUGCCCUUCUUCGUCGUCGCCAGUGUCCUGGGCAUCCUUUUGGGGGGCGCUUUUCUCUUGGCGCUUCUCAGACCUCUCCUCUACUGCCGGGUCUUCCCCGGGCGGCCGGUCCUCAUCCAGCUGGCCGUGGGCAGCACCCUCUUCAGUAUUGUGGUGCCCAUCCUGGCACCAGGGCUGAACGGUUUCCUGAGCACGGUCCUGUGCCACCUGGCCCAGUUGCUCUGGUACGGCUCAGCCUUUGCCCAGGCUCUGCUGAUCGGGUGCCACGCCUGCCUGGGCCCCAAACUGGGUGAGGGCCACGUCUCCGGCAUCGCCCUGUGGCUCCCUGUGGGACUCUGGGGAGCGGCUCUUCUCCUGGGGCUGCCUGUCACACUGGCCAGUGACACUUCCAGUGGACUCUGCUCCCUGACGUUCAACAAGAGCCCCAGGUUUCUUCCACUCUUGCACGUGGCCACCUGCUUUAUGACCUUCACCUUGCUGCCACUGGGCCUGCUGGGAGCCAAGGCACUGACAAAAGCUUUGGGCAGGCGGCCAGGCCCCCGGGCUAGUGUCCUGUGGCUCUGGUUUGUUUUCUGGUGGCCUCACGGGGUGGCUCUGGGAUUGGACUUUCUUGUGAGGUCCAAGUCCAUGGCGCUGUCGACAUGUCUGGCCCAGCAGGCUCUGGAUCUGCUGCUGCACCUGGCGGAGGCCCUGGCCAUACUGCACUGUGUGGCAAUGCCCCUGCUCCUGGCCCUGUUCUACCACCAGACCACCCAUGCGUGCCUGCCCUCCCUGCCUCUCUCAGUAAGGCAGCCUUCUCAUCUGGACCCCCCAGGAGGCAAGUCCUAGCUCUCUUUGCACCUGUCAACCUGAAUUAAAGUCUAUGCUACUUUUGUGAAA